CGGGGCGGAGCGGAGCGGGCGGGCGGGAUUAUUAUGGGCUGUGGGCGCCGCCGCUGCUGCUGCCGCCGCCGCCGAGCAAGAUGGAGCUGUCUGCAGUGGGGGAGCGCGUCUUCGCCGCUGAGUCCAUCAUCAAGCGGCGCAUCCGAAAGGGGCGCAUCGAGUACCUGGUGAAAUGGAAGGGCUGGGCCAUCAAGUACAGCACCUGGGAGCCCGAAGAGAACAUCCUCGACUCGCGGCUCAUCGCGGCCUUCGAGCAGAAGGAACGAGAACGUGAGCUGUAUGGGCCCAAGAAGAGAGGACCUAAGCCCAAAACUUUUCUCCUGAAGGCUCGGGCCCAAGCGGAGGCCCUCCACAUUGGGGAUGUACACUUUUCUGUCAAGCCUGGCUCCAGCACUUCAUCUCCCAAGCUCCACUCCAGCGCCGCGGUGCACCGGCUCAAGAAAGAUAUCCGGCGAUGUCACCGCAUGUCUCGGCGCCCUCUGCCCCGUCCAGACCCCCAGAAUGGUGGGAGUGUGGGUGGGGGGGCCGGCAUCCGUCCUCCUGUCUCACCCUUCUCUGAGACCGUCCGUAUCAUCAACCGCAAGGUGAAGCCCCGUGAGCCCAAGCGCAGCCGCAUCAUCCUCAACCUCAAAGUCAUUGACAAAGGUGGAAAGCCUGCCAAUGGGGCUGGAGGCCUGGCUCGGCCCAAGAUUCCUUCCCGAAACCGUGUCAUUGGCAAGAGCAAAAAGUUCAGUGAGAGUGUCCUCCGCAACCAGAUCCGCCACAUGAAGUUUGGCGCCUUUUCACUCUACAAUAAGCCGUCUGCUGCACCUGCCCCCUCUCUGGAGGGCAAAGGGGAAGCCGAAGGUUCCCAAGCGGCCUCCUGUGGGCUCAUUAUGGGCUCCACCGCUUACGAUGCCCCCAGCUCCAGCUCCUCUGGCUGCCCCUCACCUGCCCCCCACUCCUCAUCCGACCCAGAUGAUUCCCCUCCGAAGCUGCUUCCUGAGACCCUCAGUCCAGCCAUCCCUGACUGGCGUGAGUCGGAGGUCCUCGACCUCUCAAUCCCGCCUGAGUCAGCUGCCACCAGCAAGCGUUCCCCUCAAGGAGGGUGUGGUGGGGGGCAGACACCCUCCUUGUCCCUUUCCUCUUCCGACCCAGAGCAGGAGACCGGCGACUGGCGUCCCGAGAUGUCCCCUUGCUCUAAUGUGGUGGUCACAGAUGUCACCAGCAACCUCCUCACGGUCACCAUCAAGGAGUUCUGCAAUGCGGAGGAUUUUGAGAAAGUGGCAGCAGGUGGCGGAGGAAGCAGCAAGUGAGCAGCCAGGUCCCUCUGCUCUGGGGGUGUGGGGGGAGCUGUACCUGUGAGAAGUCGUGGUGUGAAUGGCUGUCCUUAGUUCUCUCCUCCUCCCCUUUGCUGUCCCUCUGCCCUCACCGCCACCCUUCCUCCUCCUUUCUUCCUGCCCACGGCUGUGGUAUUGCAGUGGGGGGAGCAGGGGCAUCCAGUAUUCCUGGGUGUCACUGCUGCUGGGGGAGGGCAGGGAGGUCGUCGUGGGGCUGGGGAGUGGUUGUUUGUCCUUGAAUGUGAUGUUGUCCAACUGGCCGUGGAGCCUUUGGGGAUGAGGGGUCAGUGAAUGUGUGUGUGUGGUGGGGGAGGGUGGGGAAGGUGCUUUUCCCCUCCUUCCCCUUCCAUCUUUGACUAAAAAUGAAGAGGAGCUCCAGACCCUUGAGAGGGGGAUGUAAGAGCCCUCGCCCACUCCCCCCAAGUCUUUUCCAACAACGUGCAUGCAGUCUCUUCCGUUCCUCUUGUUUUUCCUGCUGCCAUGUCUCCAAUCCUCCCAUCUUCCCCUUCUUGGCUUGCGGCCUGGAUCUGCCAACUCAUAUGCUGCAGUCAUGGCAAUGGCUGAUCCAGAGGCCCCCAGAGCCAUGGGGAGAGGGGCAGGUGACGUGUCAUGCCUGGAAAGUGCUUAUGACAAAGCUGGGGUGGUUGGGGGGUGCCCCAUGCAGCAUAUGCCCCACACCGGCUUCCCUUUUAGCUAUUGGUGCUACCUUGGCAGUUGUAUGGGCGCUUUCAUGUGGCCUGGUCCCUCCUCUUUGCAUCUUCCAGCUUGAUCAGCUUUGCAGGGGGAAGGGAGGAAAAGGGGAGCCUGCUUCUGGCCCAGAUGUUCCUUCUCAUGUUCGUUACUUGCACUUGCCUGGAGGAGAGGGCAUAAAAUGCCCUUCCCCAGCUUUUCCAUGGUGGAAGUGGGAGUUGGCUGCGCAUCCAUCCUUCAAUUUGGAAGAAGAAAAGCUGAUGGCGUGAUGCUGCCCCAGCCAGGUGAGGCUGAUCUGCAUUGUGUGUAAGCUUCCCUUGAACCUUUUUGCUUCCCCCCUGCUUCGCUUCUUCGGAGGGAGGGAUGGAUGCUAACGCAGGUCCUCCAUUCUUGCUUCUUUUCAUCUCUCUCCUGUUCUUUCACUUUUGUGGAUGGCCUGGAAGAGGGUUCCCCUUUGCCUUUUCAGGAUCUGAAAUGGCCCUUACAACUGUCAAUCAAAGGUGCUAAUAAGAAAUAAUUGUCUCUCACGCAUCAUAUGCAUGUAUGUUGAUUUUCCCCCCCUCCCCCAAAUUCCUGUGAGUUGGUCCAGAAAUCUUCACCCCAUGCAAGUGGGAGAAAGCAAGACCAUAGCUUGCCAUUCUUUACCCACAUCUCCUUCUUGCCCUGGCCACCCUUGCUUGGACAUGCUGUUCAUGUCCCAGAUAAGUUCUCUCCUUCACCUGCCCUUUUUGACUUGCUUGAUUUCCAUCAGUCCUAAGCUUCAUGGUGUAAUGCCAUUCCUUUACUCUCCCCUCUUGCCCUACUUGCCCGUGCCUGAACCUGUAGGUGCAAAGAAAAGAGGUGCUGAAGUAUCAGUCUGUGGAAGAGUCUCACCCUCUCAGCCCUGUCCCUAUUACCCUGGGAUGGGUCAGAGGGGUGCUACUUCCACAUACAUGCUGCAGAGGUGAAAAGGGUGGAAAAAAUUCCCUGCAUCAGGGCUCAUCUAUGUGCAAAUUUGCCCUGGACAGGCAAACACAAGUGGAAUUCACCCCUUUGGUGCUUGUGCAUGAGGACACUCGGGAGCUGGAAGCUAUCGGCUGUGAGGAGCGUUCUCAUGUGAAGUAGUGAUUUUGUGGUUGUAAUGGUCUGAGGGUAGAAGUGAGGCAGUUUGUGGGAGAGAGGUAAUAUUUGUGCAAGUGGCAUAGUUGGUGUGGCAGAGGGAGAGACCGUCUUCUGACCUUAAUUAGGGCUUCUGUGCCCAGAGCUUGUCUUUUCCCCUCCUCCAACUCAUCAGUUGGCGUAAUAAAAUCUCUGCUGCUCUCCCCACGAACAUUGCCUCACAGAGAGUAGAGUUCAAAACUGCAAAGCAUGGUGAAUUCAAACCAGUUGUGGUUCAGUGCUUGUGUAGACAGUCUGAGGGGGGAUUCCAGGUGCUGUUAGUCCCACCCUUUGCAUACCUUCCCGCUCCCCACCCCUUGUUUAAAAAGUUUAGUGGACUUUAUGGGGAAGCUGUUACAUUUAUAACUGAGGCUGGGGGUGGGGAGAAAGAGACUUCCCCAGUUCGUUCACCAAGCUAAGGCUUCCUGUAAGUUGUUGGACUUGUGUGCGUGUCUGUAUUAAUACUUGCCUGUAUUUUUUGUGUCUUCAUUUCUGCAUCUUUCCUGUGCCUGGCCCACCCAGGGAUCCCUUAUUUUAACAUAGCUUAUCCUUAUGACUGCAGCUUCAAAGAUGAGCAGGUUGUAGAUACAGGGAAAAGCUCUCUCUUAGGGAAAUAGCAAGAAGAUUCUUUUUGUUUGUUUUUUUUUCUUUUUCCCUUCUAAACAAAUAACUGUAUUCUGAGGCUGCAAGAUAAGAGGAACUUUUUUGUGGGGUGGAUGCAUACUGGCCAGUCACUUUUCUUGGUUGUUAAGUUACUGUUUGGUGUGUAUGUGGUGAUGUGUUUUGUUUUGUGGUGAUGAGAUUCUGAAAAAAAUUGAAGAGUUUAAGUAGGAGAUAAAAGGGAACUUUAAUAGGAAACUCUUGAUGUAUUUUGGCCAAGAUGUGUUCACUUGGCAGAAUUCUUUUCCCCAGUGUCUCUUGUAUGGUGUUCUUUGGGGGUGGGGGGCUGGAAUUGUUUAAUGAAGGGUUUUUGCCUUUCUCCAGAGUGACAAAUAAGGGGAUUGUCUGUGAAGAGCAAAACGGUGGGUCGUUGUAGGGAUACUCCGUGAGGACCUUCUUCCUGAGGUGAGGAAAUAAGGGUAUUUGUUGUGGCAAAGGAACUCGUGCAGCAGAUCCUCUUUGUGGAGGAAGAAAGGAGUAUGAUCCGGAUUGCAGACACAGCUGAGCUGCUUGUGUGACAAAUCUCUUUUUGGAUGAGUCACCAGGUGGGAAUCAACCCUGAACCUCUGGAUCUGAAAUCAAGAUCCUGUGCUGUUAUGAGUUAGGGAUCUGUUAACUUGAAUGCAGCAACAGUCUCAAGUGGACAGGCCACUUGGGGCUGACUAACCUACCUUCGUAUUCACGUGGGUUACACUCCUCCUAAAUUUUUAUCCCUGCUCUUUAAUGGAGAUGGGAAGAAAGAUCUAUCCAUGCCCUUAAAAAAGGUGUGGGGUUGGCAGAGGAGUUUAUUUGAAAGUAUCCCCUUCCUUUCCCCAUAACUCCUAGAAAAACAAAAACAGGGAAAUAUUCUCUGUGUCUGUGCCAUGUUUGUUCUCUUGUUGUUGUGUUUUUAGAGGAGAUUUUAUGAUGGAGUGGAAAAAGUGAAAUGAUUAGUUUUGCAUAAAAAAGAAAAGUUUAAAAAAAAUUUCUACAGGGAGAAAGCGAGAGAGAGAGUUUAAAAAUGAAUAAUAAAUGCAGUGAUUGCACAAACUGUAGUGGUAUUAGAUGGUCCUUAGAAAAAAGAGUAUUUUGUAGUAUUGAAGCAUGUAUGUCUGGGAUGGUGUUUGGCUAGCUUGAACUGGAGAGAAAGGCAUUUUGGGACUAAGCAGCGAUCUCUGAGCUGAAAAGGCAAGUUGCAUGUUGGAGGAACCCUGUCUACAAACCGUUCCCGUCCUUGUCUCCCAAGUAUUGGAGUGAGUUUCCUUCCCUCCCAUACCUCUCCUGUGAGCUAAGGUGGAGUCUUCAAAUUGUUUUCCAGCCAAGUGGCCCUCAGAAAUGGUUGAUCUUGUUCUGCCAGAAUCAGGCCAGCAACAUGGAAACAGUUGACUUUGCAUGCACAGCAAACUGCUAAGAUUUGGGGUUGGCAUGUACCUUUCUUGCCAAAUUGCUGUCUUUUCUAUUUUUCCUCCCCCAUAUCCAAGCAGGAUUAAGCCUGGUGGGCUUACCUCCUUGGAAACAGAUAUGCCUCCCCUCCUUAGGGUCUCUUAGCUUCUCACAGUGUCAGUUCUGGGUGGAGAAUGGCAUUUUUCAUAUAGGAUUCACCACAUCAGGACAAAGGACUGAGUCCCGUCUGCACAGAGUCAAGUGUCCCACCUCUGACAGUAGCCAAAUCUUCAGGGGAAGAUAAGAGAGCUGAGAAGCUUCUGUUGAGUGAGGCAUACCCUCUCCUUGAGACUGCCAGAGAACCAGCAAAUGCUGGAGGAGUUGAGGUGGAGAGACAAGGGCCCUGAUGGGAUUUCACUUGAGCAGGAUUGCAUUCUUCUGCCCUAGCUUUAUGGGGGGUGGGGAGGAAGAGUUGUCCUAACAUUUCUUCAAAGUGAGGAGGCAGCUUUUGCGUGCUGACUUCCCCAUCCAAGAUGUCUCUGUCAUGUGUUCAUCUGGUGUGUGGGAGUGACUGCAGGGAAGAGGGAAGCAACCAGAUGUUGGCGUCUGAACAGAACAGAAGGUGGCAGGCAGGGGAUGCUAAGAUAGUUUUACUUGUCUGGACUUCUCUUGUGCCCUCAGGUUUGAAAUGGCAGGUGAUGGAUGUAUCCAUGCCUUCCAUAGCCUGGGCUCUUCCUGGAACCUUUUUCUUCUCUCUACCUAUUGAGCUCUGCCAGUGCUUCCCACGGCCUUCAGCUUGGAACGGCAGCCUCCUGUCUCAUGCUCUCUUUUCUCCUCGCUGAGCAGAGCAGGACUAGGGACGCGUGAAGCUAAUGAGAUGCAAGCUCCUUUUGGGGUGAGAAAACAUAGAAAUAGACUGUGGCGAGCAGGCCCAGCUGUGGUGAGCCAUUAGCUUAAUUUCUGUUUUCAGAAAGGGAAAGGGAACAUUUCUCCAUGUCUCCCCUUACCAAAGUUCCCAGGGAGAUUUAUGAUACAAAAAACCCAAUCCAGCCCUUUACCAGGUAGGAGCUGUCUCUGAGCUGAGUCUUCCUAGGGAUUUCACUCCCUUUCCCAGCCCCUCUUUGUAGAGGAGGUGUCAGCAGCUCACAGUGUUUGGAGAUGAUCACCCUCUUAGGGAUCUCCCAGCAGAGAGGAAAAGCUUUCUCUGGGUUGCCAUGCUGAAGGAUAGUGUCCCAAGUCCCCCACACUUGUACCCACUUCAGUGGCUGUAAUGUUAGUGAGAACUGCUUGGGGGCAGAUCCUUCUUCCCAGAGAGGUGUAACAAACCUGGAGUAUGUGUCUGGCUAAAUGCUUAUUUGUCCCCUGCCUCCUUUCCUACUUUCUGACAAGACAUUUUCCUCCUUGCCUGGCGCAUCCUUUUACUCCAAUGUCGCUUGCUUUUGCUGCAUUUUUCAAUCGCCCAAUAAUCGUGCAAGAGCUGGGAUCUUAUUUACUUUUUAUACAUAAAUAUAUAAAUAUAAAAGAAAACCCCCCUCCCUUCUUUCCCCCCUUCUUACCCACCACCCCAUGUGUAGCCUGUUCUGAUCUCUGUUCGGAAAGCGAUGUGUUGUAGAGGGUUGAUUUGGGGCUGGGGAUUAGGUGCCUCCUGGCUUCUGUUCUUUCUUGGUUUGCUGUGGCCUUUUUGCCAGCUGUUUCACUGCCCUGUGCCUCUGUCUUCCUAGCGCAAGAGUGGCAGUGGGUGGAGGGGGUGAUCCCAUGGUGCUGAGGGUGCCAGGAGGUUGACUCCAAUGAUGUCUGCAGAGGGCUAGAGGGAUGCUGAGCAUUGUUUCAGAAGUCCCCCUCUCCCUGUCUGUGGUUCCUUCUAUAGAUAACUUGGCAAGUUUAUUUCAUUGUCGCUUUGGGUUUGCGCAAAGAAGUGACUUACUUUUUUAGGUUCCCCCCCCCCCCCCCCCGAGUGCAAUGAGUAUGGCUUCUUUUUGGGGAUGUGGAUGGGAGGAGGUGUUGGCAUCUGUCUCCACCCUCAACCUUUUUUUUCCCCCAUCCUGCAUCCUCUACUUAGCCUCUCUCCCUUUUUAAUGUUGGCCUGUGUCAGACUAACAUGCCUAGGGGGGUUUGUGCCCUUAUCUGUGCAGGGGCAAUAGCCCUGGCACCAACAACUUCCCAGGUGUUCUGCGUAGUGAAUCUAACAUGCCCUGUGUCCUCGCUUAUAAAGUUGUUGAUGAGCCUUGAGUUCUUUUUCCAAAUUUCUCCUUCAAUGAGUGACAGAAGAUGUAGUUAGUUUGAUCCUCCUGUGGUGGUGGGCUGUCCCUGGUGGUUCUUCUGACCCUUCCAGCUUCUGUGUGGUAUGAAAUUAAAUACUUCCAGGACUAUCCAAAAGGACUGUCCUUGGGGUGGGAGUCCUACCUCCUCGGAGGAGUAUUGUGCUUUCAGCUCUUCCCUUCCAAGGACCCACCUGGGAGCCCCAGAGGAGACCGUGCUGGAGGUGGAGUUGUUGGGGAAUGCCCUCAGCCCUUCUGGGCUAAGUGGAGCAGGAGCUGGGAAGGGGGUGAAAAACACAGCAGGAGCUGCGGUGUGGUGAGAGGAAGAGGGAAAGAAGUAAGGUGACAGAAGAGUAGCUAGAUGCAGUAAGUGAUACCAGCUUCAGGAGUGGCUCAAAAAUUGUCUGGUGGGAGGGAAGGGGCCCCGGGACAAGCAGUUGAAAUGGCAGUUCCUUUUGCAGGGCCCUGUUCCAGCAAAUUGCUAGAGCACGUUCUUGACUUCAUUCCUUGUUCAGCCGAGCACUUAAAGCUUGCACUAAAUUUCAGGAGCGUGAUUCGUUGCGUCAGAAGCACUUCAUGGGGCUUUGGGGCCUCAUGCAAAUAGCAGGGCUUUUACUUACUCCAGAGCAGACCCCCAACUGUGCCCAAUUCUGCAGAGGUGCUGUGGGUUUCCUUGUGGAUGAAGGCAGCAGGUGGGUUCUCUGUUGUUCUCUGCCUGUCCUGGAGUAAGUCUGCUGCUGCAUCCAGGCAUACUUCCCGCAAAGGAGGAGGUAGUCUUGGAUCAAGUUCUUAAGCAGAACAAAAAUUUGCCAUGAUAACUUUUUUUUAGGAAAAAAAAAGCUGUUUUUUGGGGGUGGUGGUGUUGUUGUUUUUCCCCCUGGAGCUAAACAACUUGGCAUGUUCUCUUCCCCUCCUGCUCACUUACCCCUGCUGUUAAACCUUGUCUGCUCCUUAAGAAUAGAGAAUACUCUUUUUGGGGGAGUGUGGGGUUUUUUUUUUUUCCCUUCAUUUGUUUUGGGGUAGAAAGUUGUCCAGUGGUGGUGGAGGACAGGGGCCUGCCUCAUCUGUUUCUUCCUUUUACCUUCCCUAGUGCCAAGCUUAGGCUUCAAGUCCUGCAAAUUUCUGCAAAUAUUUAACUUCAAGCAGGCAAGUUACCAUACUGAACUCUGUGGUACUUGGGUGCUCCGGGUUCAGCCUGUGCUUGAGUUUUGGCAGCGUCAGGGCCUUGUUCUUUAUCUAAGAGAAAGUCAGACCUAACUCCUAGAGUGGUAGUGGUCUUGAUGCAACCCAUCUGUCUCUUUAUUUCCCCUCACUUGGCAUACAGAGUGAAGGUGGUGAUUUUUUUUUUAAUUUAAAAUAAACCUAAAUAUGUAUCUUGUAAUUUUUUUUUAUUUUGAAAAAAAUGCAUUUAAUUAAAAAUUGUGCACGGAUGAAUUGUAUAUCUAUAUUUUUUGUCUUGCAAUUUUCAUUUUAAAUAUAGUGUUUGCAUUUUUUUUUUUUUAAUCCAGUUCCCAGCUGGCUAAACUCUGUCUAGAGUGGAUGGGUGGGAGGCAUAGCCACUGGAGGGGUGAUUGAAUCACCCCUUCCUUUGGUGCUUCCCACAGGAAAAUGGUUUGCUCCGGGUUUGGGGGUGGGGGUUGUGCUAAUUACUCUUGUAUUCUUGUACAUUUUGUUCUUUCUGCUGCUCUUGAAUAUUGUAUCAAUGCCAGAAAUGGGGAGUUAAAAAAAAAAAAAAUAACCCCAAUAAAUUGUUACAUUCCAAAACA